AUGGCCGAGUUCGUAAUCCUCCGAGAUUCCACCGCCUAUAAUAUCAUCUUGGGAAGGAAGACGAUAAACGAUGUUGAAGCGAUAAUCAACACUAAGCUGCUAGUCAUGAAGUUCGUUACCGACGACGGAUCCAUAGGGUCCAUAAGAGGGGAUCUCGAGACGGCAGUCGCAUGCGACAAUGCCAGCCUAUCCCUGAGAAGGAAAUCCAGAGAGGCAUCCAGUGUGUUCCUAGCCGACCUGGACGCCAGAGUAGACGACAAACCUAGACCAGAACCAGAAGGGGAUCUGGAAAAACUCGUGAUCGGCGACACGGAGGAGAAGUUCACGUUCAUCAACAAGAGCCUGCCACGUGAGUUAAAGGAGUCCUUGGUCGAAAUGAUAAGGGCCAAUAGGGAUUUGUUCGCCUGCACACCUGCCGACAUGCCAGGAGCGACAUACCAAAGGCUUAUGAGCAAGAUUUUCCACGAUCUAAUAGGCAAGACACUGGAAGUCUAUGUCGACGACAUCCUUGCGAAAACAACGCAACCUGACGACCUCAUAAAGGAUCUGGGAAAAGUAUUCACGUCUCUCCGGCAACACGGCAUGAGGCUGAAUCCCCUCAAGUGUGCCUUCGCUAUGGAAGCCGGCAAGUUUCUGGGUUUCAUGAUAACUCAGAGAGGGGUAGAAGCUAACCCGGAGAAGUGCCAGGCAAUACUCCAAAUGAAGAGCCCGGGUUGUAUCAAGGACGUCCAAAGGUUCGCGGGGCGGUUGACCUCAUUAUCCCGGUUUCUCGGAGCAUCGGCAGCAAAGGCCCUGCCAUUCUUUAACCUCAUGAAGAAAGGGAUGGCGUUUGAAUGGACACCCGCAUGCGAGGAGGCCUUUCGGCACUUCAAGAAAAUCCUGGCGGCACCACCCGUCCUCGGGAAGCCAAAGGACGGGGAACCACUAUACCUGUACCUCGCCAUAACAGAAGAAGCCCUGGCUGCAGUUCUGGUGCGGGAAGAAGGGAAAACUCAACAGCCAGUCUAUUUCAUAAGCAGGGCCUUACAAGGGGCAGAAUUAAGGUACAACAAGCUGGAAAAACUAGCCCUAGCACUCUUGACUUCCUCGCGAAGGUUAAAACAGUAUUUCCAAAGUCACCAGGUUGUCGUGAGAACGGACCAAGGGAUCCGGCAAGUACUUCAAAAACCCGACCUGGCGGGAAGAAUGAUGACUUGGUCCAUUGAACUCUCCCAGUACGAUAUACGAUAUGAACCCCGGCAAGCCAUCAAGGCGCAGGCGAUGGCAGAUUUUCUAGUAGAAGUAACGGGGGAUCCAAUCGAAGAAGCGAGUACACGGUGGAAGCUCCACGUAGACGGAGCCUCCAACCAGACGUUCGGAGGUGCUGGGAUCAUCCUGGAAAGCCCGGUUGGAGUUGUAUACGAGCAGUCGGUCAGAUUUGAAUUUCCCAUCUCGAACAAUCUGGCAGAAUAUGAAGCCCUUAUAGGGGGCUUAGCCCUAGCAGCGGAAGUCGGAGCAAGAAGACUGGAAGUAUGCAGCGAUUCCCAAGUCGUCACCUCCCAGGUAAACGGGAGCUACCAAGCCAAAGACUCGUUGUUACAAAAGUACUUGGAAAAAGUUAAGAGCUUGAGCCAAAAGUUUGAAGAAGUCACGGUCCACCACGUACCUAGAGAAAGGAACACACGGGCAGACCUCCUAUCGAAGUUGGCCAGCACGAAGCCGGGAGAAGGCAACCGGUCUCUCAUUCAAGGUAUGACAAGAGAACCAGCGGUCACACUGUGCGUGUCAAGACCAGGGUCUUCAUGGCUAGACCCCAUCACCAACUUUCUAGAACACGGCAAACUCCCUGACGAUGAAAAGGAUGCGGCGAAAUUGAGGAGGGAAGCAGCCAAGUACGCCGUCAUCCAAGGACAGCUGUUCAGGAAAGGGCUCAAUUAG